CGCAGGCCACUUCCUCUUUGAUAAGCUCCCUAACUAUGGCGGUGGGCAAGAAUAAACGCCUCUCGAAAGGAGGCAAAAAAGGUUCCAAGAAAAAAGUUCUGGAUCCAUUCACCAAGAAGGAAUGGUACGAUGUGAAAGCUCCGGCCAUGUUUAACAUCCGUAACAUCGGCAAGACCCUUGUCACCAGGACCCAGGGAACAAAAAUCGCCUCUGAUGGUCUGAAGGGACGCGUGUUCGAGGUCUCCCUUGCUGAUCUGCAGAAUGACGAGGUUGCUUUCCGCAAGUUUAGGCUGAUGGUGGAAGACGUACGUGGGCGCAACUGCCUUACCAACUUCCAUGGAAUGAACCUGACAAGGGACAAGUACUGCUCCAUGGUCAAGAAGUGGCAGACUCUGAUCGAUGCCAACGUGGAUGUGCGUACCACAGACGGCUACCUCCUCCGUCUCUUCUGCAUCGGUUUCACCAAGCGCAGGCAGAACCAGAUCAAGAAGACCUCGUAUGCCCAGAGCACCCAGGUGCGUGCUAUCCGCAGGAAGAUGGUCGAGAUCAUGGCCCGUGAGUGCGCAGCCAACGACCUCAAGGAAGUCGUCAACAAACUGAUCCCAGACAGCAUUGCAAGGGACAUUGAGAAGGCCUGUCACCGAAUCUACCCUCUCCAUGAUGUCCACAUCCGCAAGGUCAAGGUCCUCAGGAAGCCCAAGUUUGACGUAUCCCGUCUUAUGGAGCUCCACGGUGAGGGAUCUGGUACCGGAAAGACCACCACAACCGACGACACAGGCGCCCAGGUCGACAGGCCGGACGGCUACGAACCCCCUGUACAAGAAAGCGUGUAGACACACAACUCCACAUCAGAGAACACACCCCACAGUCGAUCCCAUUCCAAACCAUUUCACAAAGGGACUUAUCUCUUGUGUGAAGAGAAAACGGUCCUGACCAUUCACCGCCAACCGCCAUUGUUUACAGAAACUUGUCCAAUUACCGUUUGCCAUACAUCAGUGAGCGAACUUUGCAUAAUCCGUGCAAAAUAAAAAAUGUAAAAAAUAAA